AUGCUAGGUGUGAAGGCAUUCGCAAGAAUCAGGGUUUUGCGUGCCAGCUUUUUUGGACUACCCAAAGUUGGUAGAAGGGGUGUAGGUUCGGGCAUCCGUUGGUAUGCAUCGCCUGCUGGUUAUAAGAAAGGAGAAGAUGCUCCAGGGUUUAAAAAGAUAUUUCUAGUAGCCUUAGUGGGUACCUUGAUGUUUGUGCAAGCUGCGAACUCUCUCGACAAGAACAAACCAAAGACAUCAUUUUCUGAGGAGGAGUUCGAAAACGUAAUGAAUGGGCUCAAGAGAAGAGUAGCCAUGUUCCCUGCCGGAACAUUGAAUGUGAAGUUUCUACCUUCUUCGAGUGAGUCCAUUUUAAAAACAAUAAAGGCCGGUCCUGCAGCGGUUAUCGAUCCUAUUGAAGCAGUCGAACAUUUCAGACAACAAAAAGAUGGCAUUUACGAAGCAUUGCUGAACGAUCUGAAAUCCAAAUAUGGAAGUGAUUACACUAAAAAGCUACCCAGCGGGAUGCUUGUCAUGCUGAUAGGAAAGUACAUGAAGGAGAAAUGCUCGAUGAAUGAUGAAGUUGUUAUAGUAAAUUUCCCAGACACAAUCAAAGACGCCAUUAAAUUCGAAAACGAAGUUUGCACUGUGUCCAAAGUUUUAGUUCCCAAAAUCGACACAGACUCUGAGGUGUGCCGGUAUUACGAAACCGUGCAUAAGGUGAAACCUUUAUAG